AUGAAGGGCUACUUGGUCAGCUGCGGCGUGCCCAAGAACAAGCAGAGGAGGCAGAUCCUUUGCCUAGGAUGCGUGGGCAAGCUGAUGGGGGAAUUGAAGGUCAGCGCCGAUGCUCAGAGCGUGAGCCUGCGCGAGCAAGAUGCGCUGUUGUUCGAGCGCCAGGCCUCGGGGAGCUGGAAGCAAACGCUGGAGCUGACGAACGAGCUGCUGGAGGGGGUUGUGAUCUCAAACGAGAGCACCGUGAGCAGGAAGAAGCCGAAAAAGGCGGCAGCUGAGAGCGCAUUGAACAGGGGCAUGCAAGCCGGCAGCCGCGCGCGCGAGAUGCUGCCUGAGGAGCGCCUCGGCAUCCCGGCCCAAGCUGGCCUCUUCCUGAGCGGCGUCCUGGAGGGCACGUGCCGCAUAGUUGUUCCUGCUGGAGUGGACGAGUGUGAGGCCAGCCCCCUGCGGCUCUACAUGACGCAUUGGGAUCACAAUCGAGCGAGGCCGAAAGCUCUCGGCAAGCCCACCAAGGAGAAGGCGUUGCUGGAGGAGUGCUGGUGGGAUAGCCAGGGAUCCUCGAACUGCUCGUGCAAUCGCAGCAGGCUAGCCAAGGACGCUGCUUGCGUUCACAAGCUGGUGCUCGCGACCCUCGGCGCUCCGGGGUUGCAGCAAGGGGGCCUCCCCACUGCCAGACAGUUGGGACGGGGAGCGGGGCUGGUCGAGCAGGUGGGUACGGACUCUACGGGGCGCUUCUUUGCCGUGAGGAGCAGCCCUAAGGGGGUCAGCCCGGCUCACAAGAUGCUGCAUCGGAGCGUCGAGGGCGCCUGGUACUGCCAGGGGAAGAGGGACGGCUGUCCGUCGCAGCACGACUGCAGCCACGUCAUCGCUGCGAACCUGGCCGUCCGAGCGGGGCAGGUCCAUUUUGCACAGGGGUUGCUUCUUAGGCAGGAUGCCCUAAGUACAGCGAGGCAGUGGUUGGAGCAAUGGGACGGAGCGCUGCCAUUGAUCGGCAGGAGGGCGGGGGGGAGCGAGUCGCGUGUGGACUCCGAAGGGGCCGGCGAGGCGGAGGCGCACCUGAUGGGCCUCAUAUCAGGACAGCGCCACGAGCCGGCCGGAUGCGCUGGUGCGGACUGCUUCUGUCAAGAGCACCAGCAAUUGUUUGGAGUAGCUGAGCCGUCCGCAUCAUCACAAACCCAGGGGCCGGGCGUGAGCGAGCCAUGGAGGGGGGCGCGCAGGAGCAAGCAGUGGUAUAGGAGUCAUGCGGGCGGGGCUCCCCGGGCGAUGGCACCCAAGAGUGUUCAGGAGCCGCCCGCGGAGGCGCUAGGCAAGGAAGCAAUCCGAUGCUGGGUCUCCUCCUGUGGCAGCUGCACGCUGGAGGGUGCCCAACGGGGAUGCCAGCAUGGGGGCAAGGGGAGGGCCCCGGUUAUGCUUCAGGAGACGCAGGCCGUCCAGGUGACGCAGCCGAAGCUGAGCCAGCUGAGCGACGCCCCGGACUUUCACGAUCCGUGGGUGACUCGGCUCAGAUGCGGACCGAUCCGAGUGAGCAAGCUGGUAGGAAGGGACUUUCAGGAGCUGGGAGAGCUCGGGAUGCUGAGCGCGCCGUGUCCUCUCGAACCGCCUCCGUGCGGUGGGAAGUGGAUGGAGCUCUGGCAGGACGCGGUGGUGCAUGCCUCGACCUGGAGCCAAGCAGUGCGCACCAGGAUCUACUCCUGCAAAUGCGCGAGGAAGCACACCAUCCACUUCGACGGGGAGCACUUGGGGCUGUACGCUUGGAGCCGUCAGACGAUUGUUGUACAGGAGAGCCUCCAGCUGCUGCUCAAGCAGAUGCAGCGGGGCCAGUCGGGGUUCGGGGCCCUGCUGGAGGGACAGCAGGAGGCCUUUCGGAGGGCACCAGAGUGCGCCGUCCUCUCAGAGGAGACGUGGCGGAAGGCCAGCCUCGAUUUCUUCCGGCUGGUGGGGCGGCAGAUCCUGGAGUGCUGCAGCAUAUGCGGCCCCCACCCGGAG